UUUCUUAAACCUUAUUAUUGAGUUUUCGUUGUCGGAGUGGUUGAGAAAUAAUGAGGGAUAAUUAUUGAAUGAAGAAGAAGAAGAAGAAGACAAGAUAAUGUGCUGCCUUGUUGAUAAUAAAACAAUUCGUGUGAUAGAAAACAUAUUAGUAUUUCAAAUAUUGUUUAUGAAUAAAUUGUCUUGUUCAUGCAAGCUACCAUAUGUUCACGCGUAAAGAUGCCUCGAUGAGAUUGAAUUCUAUUUAAAAAUUGAAAAACAAAGACUUCGAAGUUAGAUCUACAGAUAAAUUUUGUCAACUCUUGUUCAAUUUGCACCAAUUAAUUCUCUCUCUCUCUCUCUUUCUCUCUCACGCACACAUAAUCUCACACACAUAGCAACUUUUGUAAAGCCUUGUUAAGUUUGCAGCAAUUCUCACUCUCUCUCACACACACAGAAAAUUUAGUAAACUUUUGUUCAGUUUGCACCAAUUCUCUCUCUCUCUCUCUCACACACACACACACACAUAGCCAAUUUUGUGAACUCUUGUUCAGUUUGCAUCAGUUCUCUCUCUCACACACAUCCACAUAGCAAAUUUUGCAAACUCUUAUUAAGAAAGUGUUUGCAGAAACAGAUAUUCUUGGAAAAGCAGACAAGGGAACUGUGUUAUUGAAGUUAAAGCCGAGUGGGGAAGAAACAGAUCUUCUUGGAAAAUCAGACAAGAUAAAGGAGUUGCAGUUAUCAGCACACGGAAUGGAUUUGAUCAAAACUGCUGCCUCCGUCCUUCUAGCUCCAAUUCAAUACAUCUUCGGCUUUUGCUACAAAGAGUUCUCUCAAAUCCAAAGUCUCGACAAAGAUGCAACAAAGCUAACUGCGAGUCUCGACACCAUCCAGAAAUUAUUGAACGACGCGGAGGCGCGAACCAUCCCCAGCGACGCCGUCAAGAGCCGGCUGAAGAAGCUUGAAGACGUGGCGUUCGACGCCGCCAACGUUUUGGAUGAGCUCAAAUACCAUCUUCUCUCCAAACAAAUUGAGCACACCGAAAUGACGAUGAUGGAGAAGGUAUUAUCAUGCUGCUCAUCACGCUACGAUUCUAUUGCGCAAUCAAGAAAUAUGGCUCUUAGAAUCAAAGAAAUCAAUGAGAAUUUGGAAUCCAUUAACAAAGAGGCCACCGAGCUUGGCCUCGUAGCGAGGCUUGAAAAUGAGCCCACCUUGGUUAAUGCUGCUACUUUUGAAACUGAUUCAUUCACUCUUGAUCCUAUUUUCAUUGGAAGAGAUGAUAUUGCAUCAGAAAUAGUUGGGAUGCUUACCAAUAGCAUCACAACUGAUGAUGGAUCAGUUUCAAUCCUUGCCAUUGUCGGGAUGGGAGGAUUGGGAAAGACAACAUUGACUAGGAAAGUCUUCCAUCGUCUGAAGAAUGAGAAUCGGUUUGGGUCACAUAUUUGGGUGCAUGUUUCUCCAUAUUUUGAUCCAAUCAUUCUUUUCAAGAAAAUUCUCAAAGAGGUUUCCCAACAAAACAAACAGUUGCCUUCUAAUCAAGUUGAAAGUUCUAGUAAACAGGAUAUUCUUUCAAAGCCUGAUCAAGUUGAAAUUGAGAGUAAGCAAGACAUUCUUUCAGAGCUUCAAAAGGCUUUGAAAGAUAAGACUUAUCUUCUUAUUCUUGAUGAUGUAUGGAAUCAAGAUGUUUUGAUAUGGGAAGGUUUUAUGAAUUCCUUGUUGGGAGUUAGUGAUUGUGUCAAGGGAAAUGCCAUUGUUGUUAGUACCAGAAAUAUGGAGGUGGCUUCAAUUGUGAAUACACUGCAUAUACAUGAGUUGAAAGGCUUAUCGGAGGAAGACUGUUGGUCAAUAAUCAGAGCAAAAGCCUUCGGUAAAAAAGAUGUUCCGUCAGAAUUUGAGGCCAUUGGGAGAAAGAUCGCAAGAAGGUGUCAAGGUUUGCCAUUAGCUGCCAAUAUAGUUGGGGGAGUGCUGCACAAUCACAAUAAAUCUGAGGAAAAAUGGCGUUCAAUCGAGGAGAAAUGGCUUUCGCCAAAUGAAGGUGGAGAUAAUAUGACAAAAAUAUUAAGAUUGAGCUUUGAUAAUUUGUCUCCGCCAUUAAUUAAGAAGUGCUUUGCGUACUGUGCGAUUAUUCCUAAAGGCUCCAAAAUCAGGAAACAGGAACUGAUUGAGUUGUGGAUGGCAGAAGGUUUUCUUCAAGCUGAUGGAAGGGAUGACAUGGAGUCCGUGGGCGAAAAAUUUAUCGACGUGCUUCUGCACAACUCUUUACUGCAAGUUUCAGAAAGAGAUUAUUACGGAAAUGUAGAAAGUUGUGGCAUGCACGAUCUUGUGCACGAUCUUGUGCACGAUCUUGCUUGUUCUGUUUCAAGUUCCUCUAACAGUACAGGUGGUAGCAGCCGAGUUCGAUACAUGAUUCUCGGGGACAACUAUUGUCGAGACGAAUCAAGGCGUAUCCCAAAAGAAAUGGCAAAGUCUUUGCGUACAUUACUAUUCGAAGGUGAUAUUUCUGAUAUCAACUUCUCAGACUUGGAAAGUUUGCAUGUUUUACAUCUUCAGUCUGAAGUUAAAAAGCUGCCAAGUUCGAUUCGGAAGUUGAUACAUUUGAGAGAUUUUGACAUUUCGAAUACAAGUAUUGAAGUUUUGCCAGAUUGGAUUGGUGAAUUCUUUCACUUGCAAACGUUGAGAGCAAACUCAGAACAUUUGAGAAAAGUGCCAAGUACGAUUAAGUACUUGAUUAACUUGAGGCAUCUUUAUAUUAAUGAGAAGGUAGAGUUGCCUAUGGGAAUUGGGAGAUUAACUUCUCUCCAAACGCUAACCCACUUUCGAGUGGGCGACAAGAAUGGCUGCAAAAUUGAAGAGCUCGGAAGUUUGAUUAAUCUUAAAGGAGAGCUAUGGAUUGGCCAUCUGGAAAGGGUUCAUGACAAGGAAGAGGCUGGGAAAGCCAAUUUAUUCAAAAAGUCUAAAAUAUUGAACUUGUGUUUGAAUUGGGGUGAAGACAGAAGAGAAGGUGAAAGAAAUGAUGAGGAUGUAUUGGAAGGCCUUCAACCUCACUCACGUCUGAGGAAGUUAGAGAUCCGGGAAUUCAAAGGCAGUAGGUUUCCAUCAUGGACUCAGAAGAUGUCAGUUCCAGAUGCGCCUCGAGGCUCUUGGGUGCUACUUAACAACUUAAUGUCGUUAACACUCUUUAAGUGCUUCGAAUGUGAAGAGAUCCCAAUGUUAGGGCACUUGCCCAAUCUCAAGUCCCUUAGGUUGGAUGGAUUGUUGAAAUUGAAGUGUAUAAAUUCAUCAUUCUAUGGAAUGGUGAACAAGGACACACACAUUGUUUUUCCAGUUCUCGAGAAGUUUGAAUUGGUCUUCAUGCCUGAGCUGGCAAAGUGGGCAGAAAUAGAAAUUUCGGAUGGAAGUGAAGUGAAGCUAUUUCCUCGCCUCCAACAUUUGACAAUUUAUAAUUGCUUCCGAUUGAAGAGUGUUCCAAGUCAUGUCUCGUCUUGCCUGGAAAAAUUGUGGAUUUAUGGAAGCGGUGUGGAAUGUCUGCCAGCUGAUUGGUUAUUGAGUAACAGCGAGACUCUCAAUUGGUUGAGAAUAAGUGAGUGCCGGAAUUUGAGAGAAAUAUCAGAUAGGUGGGGAGAAGAAGAAUCAGAAGGAAGAAGCUUCACAAUCACAUCCCUCCCUAUAUUCCCUCGUCUCACAUAUUUGUUUAUUCGAGGCGUUCCUAAGUUAAGUUUGGAGACUGUGGAUGCAAUGCGGCACCUCCAAAUUGUUGGCAACAAAAACAUUGACCCGUGA